CUCCUUUCUUCAACGUUCUCCCACCAAACGGCAAACCAUAUAUCCAUCUCCUCCUCCCUCUCAACAAAAUCUAAAAUCCGCCCAUAAAACCGGCCCUCUCCCAUUCUGCCUCAGCUCCGCCGCCGCUCGCCGCUCCCUCUCUGUUGAUCCUCCGUUAACCGACGCCUAAUUCCCGGUUCUUUCCCGUCAUUUACGCUCUCUCGAUUUCCCUCCAAUAGCGUCCCUCUUCUCCCACGACCCCUAUUCCAAACCCUAACCCUUUCCCUCUCCGCUCCCCACGUAGCCACCGUACGAUUUUCCUCCGAUCAUCGGCGCCUCUUCGUUUUACCCUCUCAUCUCUCCGUCCUAGAACAUAUCUGACCCGAUUUGGACGAUUAUUGGAUUGUUGACAUCCUCUUGUUUUGCGAGGCGGGCGUUGCUGGGUUUUCCUUUUUGAUUCACCGGUUAUUUGGACAAAUUUCCUCUGGGUUGAAGUUGGGGGGAUCGGUGUUGGUGUUGCGGCCAAGGAGUUUGGAGAAUUGGGAUCCGGGAGAGAUGAGCAACCAGAAGAAGAGGAACUUCCAGAUAGAGGCGUUCAAGCACCGGGUCGUCGUGGAUCCGAAAUACGCAGACAAGACCUGGAAGGUUCUUGAGCAUGCUAUCCAUGAGAUUUACAACCACAACGCCAGUGGCCUCAGCUUCGAAGAGCUCUACAGGAAUGCAUACAAUAUGGUUCUCCACAAGUUUGGUGAGAAGUUGUAUUCUGGCCUGGUUUCAACUAUGACUUCGCAUCUAAAGGAGAUAUCUAAAUCUAUUGAGGCUGCCCAGGGAGAAUCCUUUUUGGAGGAGCUGAACAGGAAGUGGAAUGACCACAACAAAGCUCUGCAGAUGAUCAGAGACAUAUUGAUGUACAUGGACCGAACUUACAUUCCUAGUAAUCAUAAAACCCCCGUUCAUGAGCUAGGCCUCAACUUGUGGAGAGAUAAUAUUAUUCACUCCAGCAAAAUCCAGAGCAGGCUAUUGAACACGCUUCUGGAAUUAGUCCACAGAGAGCGAACUGGCGAAGUCAUAGACCGUGGCCUGAUGAGAAACAUAAUUAAGAUGCUGAUGGAUUUAGGCUCUGCAGUUUACCAGGAAGACUUUGAGAAGCAUUUUCUUGAAGUUUCCGCUGAGUUUUACAAAGUGGAAUCUCAGAAGUUCAUUGAAUGCUGUGAUUGUGGCGAGUAUCUGAAGAAAGCUGAGAAACGUUUGAACGAAGAGAUAGAGAGGGUGACACACUAUUUGGAUGCUAAGAGCGAGAUCAAAAUCACGAGUGUGGUGGAGAAGGAGAUGAUUGCGAAUCACAUGCCGCGACUUGUCCACAUGGAAAAUUCAGGCUUGGUCAACAUGCUUCUCGAUGAUAAAUAUGAGGACUUGGGGAGAAUGUAUAACUUGUUCCGAAGAGUACCUAAUGGUCUUCUUACAAUCCGGGAAGUAAUGACUUCUCAUCUGCGAGAAACUGGCAAGCAACUUGUUACUGAUCCUGAAAGGUUGAAAGAUCCAGUGGAGUUUGUGCAACGGCUCUUGGACGAGAAGGACAAAUAUGACAGCAUCAUAAACAAGGCCUUUAGCAAUGACAAGACGUUCCAGAACGCUUUAACCAACUCGUUUGAAUACUUUAUUAAUUUGAAUGCUCGCUCCCCUGAAUUCAUCUCACUGUUUGUUGAUGACAAGCUGCGGAAGGGGCUAAAGGGAGUUAGCGAAGAAGAUGUGGAGAUCAUUCUAGACAAGGUGAUGAUGCUGUUCAGGUAUUUGCAGGAGAAAGAUGUGUUUGAAAAGUAUUAUAAGCAGCACUUAGCCAAGAGACUUUUGUCGGGUAAAACUGUAUCAGACGAUGCAGAGAGAAGUCUGAUUGUCAAACUCAAGACCGAAUGUGGCUACCAGUUCACUUCAAAAUUAGAAGGUAUGUUCACAGACAUGAAGACUUCUCAGGACACAAUGCAGGGAUUUUAUGCCAGUCAUCCCGAGCUGGGAGAAGGGCCCACACUCGUGGUCCAGGUUUUGACAACUGGGUCUUGGCCAACUCAGCCGAGCUCCACCUGCAACUUGCCUUCUGAAAUGUCUGCACUAUGUGAGAAGUUCAGGUCGUAUUACCUCGGGACUCAUACCGGUAGAAGGUUGUCAUGGCAGACCAACAUGGGGAAUGCAGAUAUGAAGGCGACUUUUGGGAAAGGUCAGAAGCAUGAGCUGAAUGUGUCGACUUAUCAAAUGUGCGUUCUAAUGCUGUUCAACAAUGCUGAGAGACUUAGUUACAAGGAGAUUGAGCAGGCAACAGAAAUUCCGGCCCCUGAAUUGAAGAGGUGCUUGCAGUCCAUGGCCUGUGUAAAGGGCAAGAACGUGCUUCGGAAAGAGCCCAUGAGCAAAGACAUUGGCGAAGAAGAUGCGUUCUUUGUGAACGACAAGUUCUCGAGCAAGUUUUAUAAGGUGAAGAUAGGAACGGUGGUUGCACAAAAGGAAUCAGAACCCGAGAAGCAAGAGACACGGCAGAGAGUGGAAGAGGACAGGAAGCCACAGAUUGAAGCUGCAUUAGUUAGGAUCAUGAAGUCGAGGAGGGUAUUGGAUCACAACAACCUAAUCAGCGAGGUCACGAAGCAACUUCAGCAACGGUUCCUGCCAAAUCCGACCGAGAUCAAGAAGCGGAUCGAGUCACUCAUUGAGCGAGAUUUCUUGGAGAGGGAUAAUGUGGACAGAAAACUUUACCGUUAUCUUGCAUAAUUCUCGAUGUUGGAAACGAAAAUUGCCGGAAACAAGCACGCUGCAGGUUCUCCUUUAUUAUCUUUAUAUGGUUGUGGUUUUUUUAACAUUGAGAAUCUGCAAUGAUGUACCCUCCCUUGUUGGUUAGUGGAAAAAAUUGUGUCAGUUCUCCUGCGGUGUAAUGUGUUGGUUUCUUUGUCCGCCUAAUGAACAGAUUUAUUUUGCUUCUGUUCUUUUUUCUUGUUUGUUUAGCCUGCUGCAUUUCGCGUUUUCAUAGCCAGGGUUGAAUGAGGAAUGCAAAAUUAGAGUGAAGAUAGUGAAGCUCAUAGAUUAUUGCCGUUCUGUUCCUUUCAAACCCUGUUUUAAUAGGUGAGGCAAGCAAGGUAAUAGUUGAUAGAAGCGUCCAAACAUUUUUUGUCUUGUUUCCCAUGACUUGCUUGUUGAUGGACGUUUCCUUUUGCCAGAAGGCGAAUCACAUUAUUCUCGAUUCAAGGCUGUCUAUUAUCCAUAAUUGGCCUCUUGAGUGGGGCAAAUUGCACAGAGGAAUCAAAACAGCGUGUUAUGGGGACACUUUUUGAUGCUUUCUUAUUGACAAUGAUCUUAUUCUCGAGAGUACAUAAGAAACUUUUGCACAUUUUUACAGUUUUCACCACUUCCACUGCUUACAAGUUAGAACUGCAGGAUCUGGUUCACCGAAUCCCACCUCUGCAGAUACAAUCACAGGGAAACGAGAAAGCAGCAAAAAACUGAAAAAAUGUGCUUCAUGAACUUCCCACUUUCUUGUAGAAACCACAUAGUUAAACCGAGUAUGGAAUUGUCAAAUUUUAUCCCUACAUAUUAG